UGCUAAUAAGUUUAUUUGCACUUUAUUACAAAAUAUCGCUUGAUUGGUUUUCGAUCACAACUGGAUAGACAUGAUUCGUAUUAUAUGGGGCAUUGGGUCAAUGCCAGUUUAAAACAAAACAUUAAGAACAUCCCAAACAAUCGACCAGUCUCAAAUUGAGUUUGAAAGUGGAAGUACAAAGCAAUUAGAAGAAACACAACACACUUUAUAUUGUUCCAUUUGCUGUUCAAAUGAAAUAAAUUCGAAAAUACAACAAAAAAAAAAAAAAAGAUUAAAACCAUGGUGGCAAAUUCUGAACGAAAUGGUAUUCCCUCAGAUCAAUGUAUACAAAACGGUACUGUUCCGCCAAGAAAUUAUGACGCAGAACUGCAUUUGGUACGCCACAAAUUGGAGGCUUUCCAUUCGAAUCUAUUGGAUGAGGUUCAGCAACGUAUGUCUGAUAUUGUGAAUGAUUUGGAGAAGGACCUGCGGCAGCAUGAAUUACAAAUUCGUGAAUUUCAAAAUCCUAUUACAACUGUAACUGGUACCAAUCCCAUUUUGGAAUUUCAUGAAAAUAACAAAGAUUCCUAUGAAGAGCGCUACAGCGAUAGAAGGCGAAAAGACGCUAAUCGGAUGAGUGGUAAAUCGAGAGAGGAGCAAAACAAACAAUUUCUAAAGAAAUUUCCGGAAAAAGUUUUCCAAAGUCGCGAAUCGUAUUUGACAACCCUAAUGCAAGUUGGGCAUAUCCGAACAAUUUAUAACAUUUUCAUAGUAGGCUUUGUUUUCUAUCUGAUACAAAAUGUACUUUUGGAAUAUUUGGCUAAUGGCAGGAUGACCCUGGGCGCUGGUAUAUUUCAAACUGGAUUUACAAAUCUACAUUAUGCAUUUGGCGUGUGGCUGGUUUUGAAUGCCUACACUUGCAGCGUAUAUUAUGCUUUGAAAAUCUGGUCCAACGUGCGGUCAAAACUUCAUCAACAUGAAACAUUACAAAGCCUAUGGUCUUCAUUGUGUCUUAUGGGAUAUAUCCUUGGCGUUUUCAUGUGUUUAUAUCUUCCAGCAAAAUAUUGCUUUAAAUUAGACAUUAAAUAUGCUUCUGCAACAGCACUCCUAAUGGAAACCCUUCGACUGGUAAUGAAACAACAUGCCUUUGUGCGAACAAUUUGCGGCCGUGUUAUGCGGGGAAAAUUGAAGAGCGGUGAUACCUCAGACAGCCCUACGACAAUUCCACCGUUUAGUAGAUAUUUCUAUUAUCUGUUUGCACCAACUUUCCUGUAUCGAGAUAGUUAUCCCCGAACCUCCUGCAUUCGUUGGCGUUUUGUGGCUGCCCGUUUUGUGGAAUGUGUGGCCUAUGUGUUUUUGUUUGCCUUUCUUAUGGAAAAUCAUCUGAAGCCAGGUUUGGGAAAUUUCGGCAAAAUGGAACUGAAUGCAGCGUUAUUAGUUCGCACCCUUUUCCAACUGCAAAUGACCUCUAUGAUAAUGUUGUUGAGUGGUUUUUAUUUUCUGCUGCAUUCCUGGUCAAAUCUUACAGCUGAAUUGUUACGUUUCGGCGAUCGUAUGUUCUACAGGGACUGGUGGACAUCGGGCGAUAUAUUUGAAUAUUUUCGCAAAUGGAAUAUUUUGGUUGGCGAUUGGCUGUAUGAGUAUAUAUUUAAGGAUUUCUAUUUGUAUGUUUUUAAGGGUUCCACAGCGGCCUGUGGCAUGGCGGUGUUUGUAAUAUCCGCCAUAGCUCAUGAGUAUUUUAUUGACAUUUCGCUGAGAUUAUUUUUUCCAUUAUUGGCAAUUCAAUUUAUAGCCUCGGCUUUCAGUUUGAGUCAUAUUACGAAAAGGAUGUCAAAAAAUAUGGGAAAUCUAAUAUUUUGGUUUUUUCUUUUUCUAGGCAAUGCAUUUGAUUUUCUUUUUUAUGUGGCUGAGUUUUAUACAAAAGAGAAUUGUCCGAAGGCAUCUUAUGAGAGCUGGUCGGACCUUUUGCUGCCACAUUUGUUAAGUUGUAAGGUUAAGUGAUAAAUGUAAAUAUUUAUUAUUAUUUUUUUUUAAUAAUGCGUCAAUGUCCAAUACAUGUCUGUAACCAUUGUAAAUGAAUUUUGUAUACCCUCCACCAUAAAUAAUAUGGAGGUUAUAUUAAGUUCGUCAUUCUGUUUGUAACUAAUUGAAAUAUAAAUUUUAGACCCCA